AUGUGCACCAAACGCACACAGUUGGGGCAGUCAGGCCGUUGUGACACAGGGUUCAACAAUAGACUGUAUAAAACCCAGCACGCUCUGUUCUUAUCCAUCUCAAAGGUUUCGCAGAAAAAAGAUCCAUUUAAGACUUGUGAUAGCAACACGCUGCGCCGAAAGUGUGAGUUUAUCCCUACGGAGAAGAAAGAUGAAAGUUACUGGGACAAACGUAAAAAGAAAAACGAACCUGCCAGGUGUUUGCGUAAGAAACGUCGUUUUGAUGCUAUGGUGGCAGAGAACAAAGUUUUGGCUCUUCUUGAAGACAAUGCACGUCUGAAGGCAAAGCUGUUGGUGCAUAAGUUCAGAUUCGGUCUGAUUGAAGACUCCACAUAUUCACAAGCGCCUGUCUGCUGCUUUGAUGGGGUGCAAAGGAUGCCCGACAGGCCCAACAUGUCAGAGGACUCUCGGUUCUUCAUCUCUGAAGCAUCGAGCUUUGGAAGCCCAGUUUUCUCCGAUGAUGCUUUAGGUGAACAGAGAGAUGACCUGGGUUGUGAAUUCAAUACGUACAUCCUUGCAGCUAAUAGAAAAUCAUUAGACAAAGAGAAGUUCAUCUCACGGUGUCGGGAAAACAUGAAAGGACUCCCUCAUAAAUUGUGCUUUAAGACGUCUGGUGGAUUUGAAGGUGUUGAUACUGAGGUUCUUGUUCUGGUGGAGCUCAAAAAUGUGAUGGACAGAAGGUCUGUGGAGACCACCGGCAGGCACUGUGCCAUUAACUGA